AUGCACACACAAGCUGCAACGACAACGCAGCGCGCAAUGCCACUAUCCCCGGCGCCUGUGCGCGAACAGGCCCCCACGACAACCAAAGCACGCAAUGCCGCAGCCCGCAAGCUCGCAGAACAGACCUUCAUUGAUCUGGUCAAUAGAAUUGGCCCGGCAUGCGAAGCAUUCCUGCAACUCAGUGCCUCAGCAAACUUUGCAUCGCACCUACGACGGCUCGUGGCACCCUUCGCAGUUAGCACACUGCAACGAUACCUCCGAGCCAGCCAUGUUUUCGUGGACUUUAUCUCCACUACAUCCUCGCAAAGUGGCAAGCCAUGCCUCAGCAACAUCCAGGUAUCGCUUAUGGCAGAUUAUAUGCUGGCAUGUUCCGCAAGCAAAGAGGAAGACCGCGAAGUGCACAUGAUGAGCCCUGUCUCUAGCAUCAAAGCACUUCGCUGGGUUGCCAAGACCCUGCAAUGGCAAGCACUUUCAGAGGCGAUGUCGUCUCCUGUCAUCUCAGCAUACGGCAGGCAAUCGCGUGAAUACGAUCGCAAAGAAGCGACUGCAAUACCCAUGGCAUUGCUCGCAUGCUGGGAGCGCACUAUCUGCUCCGCAGAGGCACCCCUCACCACCAAGCUGUUCCUGGGCGCCGUCCUGCUCUGCACGCACGCAAGCCUUCGCUUCGGCGAUGCACAGAGAAUAGAAUGGACUACACUGCAACUAAGUGCGCAAGGAUUGCACGGCACUGCAUAUGCAACCAAAACCACGAAAUGUGGUCAGCCGUUCGCGUGUACUUGGCACGGCAUCACAGGCAGAUGUAUGCAAUCUUCAUGGUUGCUGCAAUGGCUAUCAUGCCUCGUGGAGGUAGGCACAGAAGCCGACCUGGAGCCAGAUUUUCUCUUCUUUCAUGCAGAUCCAGACUCGCACAAGCACCCACAAGUUUUCCCGUGCAGCUACGCACACGCACUGCUGUGCCUCAGAUUCAUGGGACAAAAAGCUGGACUGGCAGAGUCAGAGGCAUUCGCACUGACAUUACACAGCAUGAAAUCCACCAUGCUAGCGGCCGCCGCGCAAAUCCAGUUCGAUGAGCAUGCACGCCUCGCACAGGGACACCAUCGGGACAGCCUCAGCCUCUACAGCCGCAGCGACACUCUGGAAGCCCUCCGACUCCAACGUGAAUUGAGCACGCAAUUGGCUCGAGGAUGGAGACCGCAACGCAGCAUGGCCAGAGGAGGCGCAGCCCCCGUACCUGAACCACCCUUCAGCACGCCACCGCAGCCCCCGCAGCAACUGCUCGACAACGAACAGCUGCAAGCAGGGACGUGGGCAGUUUUCACAUCUCGACAUGAAAGCCUGCACCGCAACACCGAACCCAAGUCGCCCGAACCGGACGAACAGCAAAGCACACGCCCAGACACCGACUCGGAAGCAGAUUUGGUGGAGAAAUACGCGUGGGAACGCACGCAAAGCUCAGAGGAGGAAUCUGAGGAGCCGACCGCCCCUGCACCGGAUGAAGAACUUUUCGUGUGCUCGGGGCCCUGGAACGCACUGCACAGCCCCACGCGAAGUUCGCAUCUAGAAUAUGAGCUCCUUUACGGCUUUACGGAUCGUGACGACUACGCCGGGAGGCCCGCAGAGGGAGGCAUGGCAACGCAAUCCGGGGCAGAUGUGCCCGGAGACGCACCGCACUCUGCACACAAUGAGCUGAACAACGAAGAAGGGCUGCAGCGCAUCCUGCGGGAACUCUGCGUCCCGCCGGCAAUGCACCAAGCGCUGCGAGCGCAAGGCAUAUGUUGCAUCGCAGAUUUUGCCUACGCUUAUAACAGCACCGCCGACCUCGAUAACUUUGCCGCGUCCAAGGACGAGGAGUUUUGGACGGCACUGCAAGUGACAGAGCAGCCCUUGCACAGCAUGCCGAUGGCACGCCUGCGCCGCGCACUGGUGCAAGCACAAAUCCGAGUCAAGGCAUACGAGGCAGAGAGGCAUCGCACAGAAGAGCCUGCACCGCAGAGCUCUGCACCUUCUUCCAGCACCGCACCGCCCACCGACUCCUGGGUGGAGCACGCACCGCAACGCCUGGACAACGACACCGUGGCAAAGCUCACUGCAGAGUUCAAAGAAGCCUAUCCGGGAGAGCUCCUGGAUAGCGCAAGCACGCCCAGCAUUCGCCUGCUCAGCAUGGUAUACGCUUGGUUUAAAGACCCUGCACAGCCUCGCAUCAAGUACAUCCCUUUGCAAUUCCGCAUGUCGCAACGCCAAUACACCGAGAUCAUUGAGGCCAAGGCGCACCGCAUUGUCCGCACUGAGGCGCAGCUCAUCAGCACUGCAUUGUUCGAUGACACGCCGACGCUCAGCAUUGCAGAGGUCAAUAUCAACGAAUC